GGAGUGUGGGUUUGUGACUGAAGGGUGGGAAGGCACGUUUUCGAUGGCGUAUCGGCAAUGAGUCCCCCGUCAAAGCCGAGGAGGAGGAGGAGGAGGCGCCACAAUUAUCCACUCUUCGGUGCAAAUCGGCAUUCCCAAGUGUCCCUUGCACUUUCCACCGUCGCUGGAGAUACAUGCCGCUUCUAAAGUUGGGUGAAGUUCCGCUUGAUCCGAAUUGGCGUGAAUCCCAUCUGUGUUCUGCUUACGUGUCUCCUUCAAGUGUGAUUUGAUCAGGAGUGGAUUUUCGACAUGAGAAAGGUAGUGCACAUGGAGGUGGGAGAGGAUGGCGUUGCGCUUGUGACCUUGAACAAGCCGCCCGUCAAUUCUCUAGAUAACAGUGGACCUGGUUCUCUCGUGUCACAACUGAAGGAAUCGAUUUGCGAGGCUCAUGCGCGGCCAGAUGUGAAGGCUAUUGUUAUCAGAGGAGCAAACGGCAAGUUCAGCGGUGGGGCUGACAUUGGUUCAUUGCAAAAAGUAAAGCAAGUGGGAGAUGGCACUACCUAUCCGACUCAUGUUCGUGGUUCAACCUUCUUCAAUGACAUUAUUGAAGGGGGACCUAAGCCUAUUGUAGCAGCAGUCGAAGGUUUUGCUCUUGGUGGUGGUUUGGAAUUGGCCAUGGCUUGCCAUGCACGCAUUGCUGCCCCAAAAACACAACUGGGGUUGCCCGAGCUCACACUGGGAAUUAUUCCCGGCCUUGGCGGUACCGCACGGCUUCCUCGAUUAGUAGGACUCGUCAAAGCUGUAGAUAUGAUGUUGACUUCGAAGCCAGUAAUGUCCGAAGAAGCCAAGCAGCUUGGCUUAGUGGAUGCUGUGGUACCUCUUCAGCAGCUUGUACCAGUUGCAAGGAAAUAUGCACUGGAUAUUGCUUCUGGGAGGCAAGCUUGGCGGAGAUCACUUUCUUUAAUCGAUCACAUAGGUACACCCGAAGAGUCUUCAAAAAUUCUCAAGCAAGCAAGAGCACGAGCUCAGAAAGCUUACCGCAAUGUGCCUCACCCGUUCGUAAUGUUGGACUGCAUAGAGAAAGGCAUCCUCCAUGGGGGCGUGGCUGGCACCUUGAAGGAAGAAGAAGAAUCUCCUAUGUUGGUAGCAAGCCCUACAGCCAAGGGACUGAUUCAUAUCUUUUUCGCCCAGCGGUCUGCAUUUAAGAUCCAAGGUGUCACAGAUAGUGGAUUAAAACCACAUAAAAUGAAGUCCGUGGCAGUUAUAGGCGGUGGUUUGAUGGGCUCUGGAAUCGCAACUGCCCUUGCUCUUAAUAAUGUCCCAGUAAUAUUGAAGGAGGUCAAUCAAGAGUUUCUUCAAGCUGGACUGAAGAGAAUUGAAGCUAAUGUUAAUGCCCGAUUGAGGAGUGCAUCUGAGAAGGCUCAAAAAGUGCUGAGUUUUGUGAAGGGAACCUUGGACUAUGCAGACUUUUCAGAUGUUGACAUGGUUAUCGAGGCUGUUAUUGAGAGUAUUCCGUUGAAACAACAGAUUUUCGCCGAUUUAGAGAAAUACUGUAAGUCUACAUGCCUGCUGGCAUCAAAUACGUCGACCAUAGAUCUUGGUCUUAUUGGUCAGAAGACGAAAUCACAAGACCGAAUUAUCGGGGCUCAUUUUUUCAGCCCUGCACAUGUGAUGCCACUUCUGGAAAUAGUGCGAACACACGAUACCUCGAAACAAGCUAUUCAAGACAUGUUGGCACUGGCCAAGACUAUCAAGAAAGUGCCCGUUGUUGUAAGGAGCUGUGUAGGUUUCGCAGUGAAUCGUAUGUUUUUCCCUUACUUUCAAGCUGGACAUCUGCUGGUGCAUUUGGGGACCCACCCAUACCGGAUCGAUGCCGUUGUGAAGGCAUUUGGCAUGCCUAUGGGUCCCUUCAGGUUGGCAGACUUGACAGGUAUCCAGAUUGGUCAAGCGACAUCAAGAAUAUACAAAGAUGCUUUCGGCGAACGGACAUACCAAACGAAUCUCAAUGACCUGCUACUAGAGGACAACCGCUAUGGUGAACGGACUGGAAUGGGAUACUACAACUAUAAGAAAGGCUCUCGCGCAGAGCAACCUGCACCGGAGUUGGAUGGCUAUUUGACGAAGACCCGUCAAGCUGCAAGCCUCAUUCCCAAUGGCAAAAUAGUUGAUAUUUCAGACGAAGAGAUAGUGGAGAUGAUAUUCUAUGGUGUGGUGAACGAGGCUUGUCGGGUACUGGACGAGGAUGUUGUCGUGCGCUCCGCUGACCUUGAUAUUGCCUCCGUCUUGGGCAUGGGUUUUCCAGCGUACAGGGGUGGUGUGGUAUUCUGGGGUGAUCAUGUUGGCGUGGAGCGUAUCUACUCGAAACUCAAGCACUGGUCGACUCUAUACGGAUCUUUUUAUCAGCCUUCCGCUGCAUUGGAAAGGGCUGCUCACGGGAAAUACCCACUGUCACAAAUUGUGGAGAAAAGAUCCGGAGCUUCCCGGCUGUAAGGGAUCUGCGUUGUAGCGCCAGUAUCAGUUUUCUAAGAUAGCCAUCCUAGUCCAAUUUUCCAUGAAUCUUCUUCCUGUCGAAAUCAUUGUUCCAAAUGCUCCCACUACAAACAAGAACCAAAGAAUAAAAAACUGAAAGAUGCGAUGUCUUCCUAAUGCCUCCAUUGCUUCA